AUGACUACUGACACUUCAUCAUCAGGAGAAAUUCUCACCAAGCUUGACAAUUAUGUCCAAUUGGGUAGUAGUGGACUAGAGGUUUCUCCACUGUGUCUCGGAACUAUGACAUUCGGGCAACAAGAUAAAGCUGAUGACCAAAUAAAGACAUCUAAAAUAGUAUUCGAUAAAUAUUAUGAGUUGGGCGGAAACUUCUUUGAUACCGCAAACUUUGGGAAUGGAGAUAGCGAACGAAUUUUGGGUCAAUAUCUCACUUCGAAACGAUCAAAAGUAGUAAUCAGUUCGAAGUAUAUGACACCUCCAAGCGCUCAAAAAUCAAGUGAUCCAAAUUCUGGCGUUUUGAAUAGAAAAAGUCUGGUGGAAAAUCUGGACGCCAGUCUGAAGCGUAUGGGUAUCGGAUACGUCGAUGUGCUAUACACUCAAAUAUCGGACUAUGGUACAAACGUAGAGAAUGUGCUUAGGGGAUUGGAUGAUACGGUCAGAAGCGGAAAAGCGCUUUAUAUAGCAAUAACUGAUACUCCAGCCUGGAUCAUCAGUGAAGCAAAUGCCAUAUCACGUCUUCGUGGUUGGAGCCAAUUUGUAGCAUUGUCCUCACAAUAUAGUCUUACCGAUCGUUCCUUUGAAUUCGAUCUGAGACCAAUGUGUAUGAAGAACGGGAUAGGGGUCAUUCCAUAUAACGUAAUUUCUUCUGGGUUUUUGACAGGAAGAUAUACAGAAGAAUAUUUAAAAUCAGAUCAAGACUUCCCUGCAAAAAACACUGUUCUCAAGUAUGCGAACAAGAAAAACUGGGGAAUACUGGAGGAAGUGAAAGAUAUAUCAGAGGAAGUUGGAAGAAGUCCUGCUGAGGUUGCAAUCAAUUGGACUCUUCAACAACCAGGUAUUACUUCAUUGGUAGUGGCAGCUAGGAACGAGGGAAUCUUGGACGAGAAUUUGAAGGCCUUGGAAUUCAAAUUGACACCACAACAACUUCUCCGCUUGAACACGACUUCUUCAUCCACCGAAAUACCGUUCCCGCAUUCCUCCCAACCAAAUCCGAUAUACAUUGCUUCUCAGCCAACACCCGAAUACCUUCAUGCACUGGAGCAAUUCAAACCUUAUAGUGUUCAGAGUGGUGAACCAUCAAGCAGCAAAUCUAGAAAACGUGCCCAAUCGGACCCCGAAGGAACUGAGACACCCGUCGAAGAAUCGCAAUCUCUAUACAAGAAGAAUAGACAAUAG